GAUGGACUGCACGUUCAUGGAGAACGUGAUCGCGCUCUGGUUAACACUCAACGGGUCGGCGUGGGGCGGCGCGUGGUCGCUGGCCACGCUGGCCGUGCCCGCCGACAUGCCGCGCGUGCGCUUCGCCCCAGACACCGUCAACGCGCUGCUGCAGUCGCUGUGCACAUUGGAAAACGUAUCGCUGAGGUGUUGGGUGUUAUCCAUGCAAACCCUCGCCUGGAUCACCAAUUUGCCUUUGCAGAUGGAAGGCAGCACUCAGACUAUGGGUCGAGUGAUACUCGAAUGCGAGCACUUCGUGCCGGCUGUGGUGAAGUUCAUCACCAUGAAUGUUGCCACAGAUGGCGCUGUGAUCUCCUCGGAACCUUAUCUUGGCGGAGCCACAAUCGGCGCGGGCGCGGGCGCCGCGUCCGCCCUGCACGCGCUGCUGUCGCGCGUGGUGUGCGCGCGCGGCGCGGCGGGCGCGCUGGCGUCGCUGCGGAUGGUGGCGAGCGUGUGGCGGCGCGGCGGCGAGCCCGGCCAGGCCUACGACCUGCAGGCCACGCUGCUGCGCCUGGCGCUGUCCAUCCUGCAGCUGCUCAGCGGCCGCCACACGCAGCACGCGGUCGCGCUGCUCGACACCGUCGCUCACAUGUCAGCCGGCUGGGUGCGCGAGAGCAACAGCUCGCGCGGCGAGGCCGGGUCGGAGGCGCGGCUGUCGGGGCUGCUGGCCGACGUGCUGGGCGGCGGCGGCCGGCGCGCCCCGCUGCGACGCGCCGUGCUGGCCCAGCUGCUGCACUACUGCCGCAAGCUGCUGGCCGUGCCCUACCCGCCGCCCGCGCCGUCUGGAUCAAGUCCGAACAUGUCCACGGGCGAACAGUCACAAACGGACGAAAGCAAGGCGCAGCAUUCACAGCACGCGGCUACUAAUGUGGAAGACGAACGCAAGCAGCAAGCUGCGAGAACGCCUUGCCACGCUGACACAGUACUACAACACCCACUCAUUAUGGAGAGAUUCUACAGAACGCUGUCCAUGUGCGACGGCAUGAGUAACCUAUUUUUGAACUCUGGUAAAUAAUUAAUAUGAAUGAACUCAGAGACGGCUGGCGACUACGCGUCUCUGAAGGAGGAGGUGUUCUGGCUCGUAGCCACCAUCCCUAGCGUGGCUGCCAACCCUGUGCUUAUGGUUUCUAGCAUUAUGGACUUCAUCAGGAAAGAAGAAGUCGUCCACCUAUCUCAAGCUAUGCAGCAGCUAAUCAUCCGUCUGCUGGACAAGCCCGAAGCGCAGGCGGCUUUCAUCGAGGCCGGCGGGCUGGAGCUGGCCGUUGAGAAGCUCACCGCCUGCCAUCUGUCAGGACCGAGCAACAGCCAGGGGCUGGUGUCCUCGCUGAUGAACUACCUGAAGCUGCCGCCGCAGCUCAUUAACCUUUCCACGCCCGCUACCAGCAGCAAGAAGAACCAGCCGCCCGUCAUUGAGACCACUAACGGGCUCGUCAACAUUGCACCGCUGUGUUCGGUGUCGUGCGGCAACCCGACCGCGCAGGCGGCGGACGUGCUGCUCGAAGGCUCGGGCACGAGCAGCGGGCGCGGCACGUGCGCGGCGCGGCGCGUGCGCGCGGCCGCCUGGUCCUACCACUUCUUCAGCGCUGACGACACGUCGCUGGCUCUCACGCUCACGCUGCCCUACGCUGCGGCCUUACACGAGCUGCAGUUGCAGCCGCAUCUUACUAGUCUAGCCACGUGCCCAGGCGCCGUGGGCAUCGAGGCCGGCUGCGGCGACACGGUGGCGCCGCUGGGCCCGCCGCAGUGCACGGCCGGCAUGACGUUCAUCCGCCUGGCGCUGGCGCGGCCCGUGGUGUGCUCCACCGUCCAGCUGCGGCUCUACCGCCCGCGCGACUCGUCCAACAUGGGCCUGCUGCAGCUGCGGCUGCUCGUGGCGCCCGCCUUCAGCCCGCACGCGCCGCCCGCGCCGCCGCCCGCGCCUACCGGUUCCCGCAGGAACAACUGGGCGUGCGUGAUAUCCGCGUGCACGCGCGCGCGUUCCGGCGCGACGCGCUGGGGCGCGGCCGCGGGCGCCGGCGCGAUCAACGCACUGAACAACUGGGCGUGCGUGAUAUCCGCGUGCACGCGCGCGCGAUCCGGGGCCACGCGCUGGGGCGCCGGCGCGAUCAACGCGCUGUGCGGUCGCGUUAAGACCCGUCGCCAUCGUAUUAAUAGUACCGGUUCCCGCAGGAACAACUGGGCGUGCGUGAUAUCCGCGUGCACGCGCGCGCGAUCCGGCGCGACGCGCUGGGGCGCGGCCGCGGGCGCCGGCGCGAUCAACGCGCUGUGCGCGUGUGUGUUAGGAGGAGGACCGCCGGCGCACCACGCGCACCACGCACUGUUAGCCGCUGCCGUGCACGCGCCGUCGCCUGCGCAUCGCGCGAGAGUGCUGACGGCUCUGUUGCAGACCGAUUCUGCUGCUAGAGCUCACGAGUUCCAAGUGUCCCCCAACAUGCGCGGCUGCGGCGGCGCCAUGAACGGCGUGUGCGAGCUAGUGCGGCAAUUAUGCGCGCGCUGCCCCGCCGGCGCCGCCCACGCCUACCUGCAGUGGCUGGCCGGCGCCGCCGAGCGCUGGCUGCGCGACCGCACGCCGCCCUCCGCCGCGCUCACGCACACGCUGGCCACGGUGUUAUGGACGUUAAAAGAAGAAAGAUCUCUAGAAGACUUGGAACAGCUCAUCACAGAUGACUUGUUCGAGUUAGUGUACACGUGGGUCAAGGAUGUUCCCGAAUCUAGUCUACUAAAGAAAUCCCUUGAUUCCAUAUUGUGCUCAAUGUGCUACAUUCGCCCGGAAUUAUUCAAGAUGCUUUUGGAACAAAUGGAUAUUCCUAUGGAUCAAGAAGAAAGCAUGGAAGGCCUAACCGACGACACAAAGGUGCACGCCAUGCCAACCGGCCGACCGGAGCCGGCGGAGUGCGACAGCAGCGUGGCUUGGAAGCUGCGCGGCUGGCAGCUGCAGACCGUGGCCGCCGCCGCCAUGUCGCCCGCCGCCACGCCCGCACUGUUGCAUUCGCGGCUGCCCGCUUGCGCCGUGCGUGCCAUCACAGAAUUCAGCGAAGCAAAGCUAGAACUUAUCAAAGAGCAAAUGUCCUCACAAGACGACGUAACCAUGCUUGAAUGUGAGAAGGAAUUGCCUCAACCCAAUACUGAACUACCGUCAAUGAAAAACGUAUGCCAACUGGUGGAGUUUGCGCGGUCGCUGUGCGCCGAGCGGCGGCUGAAGGAGUGGCUCGGCACCACCGGCGCCUGCUUCUGGCAGCCGCUGCUCACGCUGCUGUGCUUCCCGCGACCGCCGGAGACCACGUGGCAAGAAGGCGCGCAGUACGCGGCGCUGGAGGAGGCCACGAUCCGGCUGUUCGCCGAGCUCAACGUGUGCCACGCCGCCAACCAGAAGCUCUUCGCGCACACGCUGCACCGGAUACUCGAGUCCAUGCACUGCACUGGUCCAGAGGGCAUCUCCGGGUUCACCCGAUCUCUGAUCCUUCGCCUGGUGCUAUCCGGGUCCCGCAUGCGCGUGGCGCUACGCUGGGGCGGCGCCUGGUGCGCGUGCGGCGCCUGCGGGUCCCCGCCGCACGCGCCGCCCGCGCCGCCCUCCGCCCCGCCCCGCCACCCCUCGCACCCGGCGGCGGCGCAUCAUGCCGUGCUGACGCUGCCGCUUCACACUACAGUGAGGGCGCUGCUGGCCGAACACAGACCUCCAUUGCCAAUAAUAGACGACACGGCAAAGAUGUGCGUGAGCACCGCUCCAGGCGGCGCCAACUCGGUGCUUCGCAGCGCUUCGGAUACGGCCAUUAUGACCGUGGCGGAGGCCUGGGAGCUUAGCCUGGCCGCCGCUAGCGCGUCCAAAGACAAACGCGUCAAAGACGUCAAGAACACGUCUCUGAAGCACCAGAACAGCAAGAAGAGGCAGCUGAAGGCGACCAAUGAGCCUUCCGUGCUGUGCGUGAGUGAUGAACUCAUCGAGUCCACAAUCCGGGUGCAAGUGCCGGGUCUGGAGGGCUUCAUCCCUCCCAGCACCACGCUCGCACAACUGGCUAUGGCCGCGCCGCAGGCGUUCGGCCCGCACCUCACGCUCACGCUGCAUCUCAACACCAAUGGCGACGUCUGGUCGGGUCCUACGUGGGAGCCGCCGGCGAACACGAACGCGGGUGCCUCGCGCUGCGGCGGCGUGGUGCUGCGAACAUUCGCGGCGUGCGGCGGGCUCGCCCUCGUGGCCGCUCGCCUGCCGCGCCCGCACGCGCCGCCGCACCCGCCGCCUGCGCAGCACCAUCACCACCACGACCUGGACUGGGUCAAGCUGGACGAUCCUUAUGAGGAGGUGGUAGAACUAGGCGUGAUCUCAGGAAGUAGUGCAGCGACAGAGGAAGGCGGCGGGGUGCCGGCGCACGCGCUGGGAGCCCUAGGGCUCCUGCUGAAGCUGCCGCGCUACGCCGCCGCGCUACUGGACGAGGGCGCGCGCGCCGCGCACCUGCUGCGCCUGCUGCUCGGCGUGGCGCACGACGAGGACGGCCGGAGCAUAGUCGUCGGCGGCAACGGCAGCGGCACCGGCGAAGCGGGCUGGUCGCUCGGUACUCUGCCGUUCCGCGUGGUGUCCCGCCUGCUAGAGACCAGCGGGCCGCUGGGCUCGCCCGAGGCUGUCGCCUUACGCCGCGCCCUGCUGGCGUUGGGCGCCGUGCGGCUUGUGCUCGCCUGCCUGGCUGUGUUCACGCACCAUAGACCCGCCUCCAACGAUAACAGCCAAGCCUCAAACGGGUCGGGCAAGUCGGAAGACAAGAGCCAGCUGUACUGGGCCAAGGGCACGGGUUUCGGCACGGGCUCCACGCAGCAGUCGUGGAACGUCGAGCAGGCACUCGUGCGCCAGCGCACUGAAGAGGAGCACGUCACUGUGCUCUUGCAAGUCAUAGCCUCAUACAUGAACCCCGGCGAGAAGUGGCCUCCCGAAGAGAACUCCUCCGAAGACGAGUCCUCUUCCGGGCGGUCAUCGACCCCCGCGGAGACUGAGGGCGAGGGGGAGGGGGAAACCGAAGAGGACGAGCCACGUGACCUGCCCGCAGAGUUCAUCGACCUCAUUGCCAGCAGCUCGCUGGUGCCCGCGAUAUGCUCGUACCUUAGGAAUGACUCGGUGUUGGACAUGUCGCGGCACAUCCCUCUGUACGUGUGCGUGCUGCGCUGCGCACGCGCACUGGUGGGCGCGCGCAGCCGGCGGCUGGCGCCCGCGCUGCGCCCGCUGCCGCGCCUGCUGCACAACAUGAGCCGCACCACCAACUCCUACGCCGCCAAGCUUAG